CAGCUGCUCCCACAACAACCACAGCUGUUCACACAGCAACCACCACUGCUCUAACAACCACCUCCGUUGUUCCAACAACAACGACAUCUACUUCCACAACAACCACAGCUGCUCCCACAACAAACACAGCUUCUCCCACAACAACCACCACUGCUCUAACAACAACCACAGCUGCUCCCACAACAACCACAGCUGCUCCCACAACAACCACAGCUGCUCCCACAACAACGGCAGCUGCUCCAACAACAACCACAGCUGCUCUAACAACAACCACAGCUGCUCCCACAACAACCACAGCUUCUCCCACAACAACCACAGCUGCUCCCACAACAACGGCAGCUGCUCCAACAACAACCACAGCUGCUCUAACAACAACCACAGUUGCUCCAACAACAAUGACAGCUACUUCCACAACAACCACAGCUUCUCCCACAACAACCACAGCUUCUCCCACAACAACCACAGCUGCUCCCAAAACAACCACCACUGCUCUAACAACCACAGCUGCUCCCACAACAACCACAGUUGCUCCCACAACAACCACAGCUGCUCCCACAACAACCACAGCUGCAUCCACAACAACCACAGCUGCAUCCACAACAACCACAGCUGCAUCCACAACAACCACAGCUGCUCCUACAACAACCACAGCUGCUCCCACAACAACAACAGUUGCUCCCACAACAACCACAACUGCUCCCACAACAACCACAGCUGCUCCCACAACAACCACAGUUGCUCCAACAACAACCACAGCUGCUCCAACAACAACCACAGCUGCUCCCACAACAACCACAGCUGCUCCCACAACAACCACAGCUUCCCCCACAACAACCACAGCUUCUCCCACAACAACCACAGCUGCUCCCACAACAACCACAACUGCUCCCACAACAACCACAGAUGCUCCCACAACAACCACCACUGCUCUAACAACAAUCACAGCUGCUCUACCAACAACCACAGCUGCUUCCUCAACAACCAAAGUUGCUCCAACAACAACCACAGCUGCUCCAACAACAACGACAGCUACUUCCACAACAACAGCUGUCCCCACAACAACCACAGUUGCUCCCACAACAACCACAGCUGCUCCUACAACACCCACAGCUGCUCCCACAACAACAACAACCACAGCUGCUUCCUCAACAACCACAGCUGCUCCCACAACAACCACAGCUGCUCCCACAACAACCACAGCUGCAUCCACAACAACCACAGCUUCUCCCACUACAACCACAGCUGCUCCCACAACAACCAAAGCUGCUCCCACAACAACCACCACUGCUCUAACAACAAUCACAGCUGCUCUACCAACAACCACAGCUGCUUCCUCAACAACCAAAGCUGCUCCAACAACAACAACAGCCACAGCUGCUCCCACAACAACCACAGAUGCUCCAACAACAACCACAGCUGCUCCAGCAACCACCACAGCUACUUCCACAACAACCACAGCUGUUCCCACAACAACCACAGCUGCUCCCACAACAACCACAGCUGCUCCCACAACAACCACCACUGCUCUAACAACAACCACAGUUGCUCCAACAACAACCACAGCUGCUCCAACAACAACGACAGCUACUUCCACAACAACCACAGAUUCUCCCACAACAACCACAGCUGCUCCCACAACAACCACAGCUGCUCCCACAACAAUCACCACUGCUCUAACAACAACCACAGCUGCUCCAACAACAACGACAGCUACUUCCACAACAACAACAGCAGUCCCCACAACAACAACAGCUGCACCCACAACAACCACAGCUGCUCCAACAACAACGACAUCUACUUCCACAACAACAACAGCUGUCCCCACAACAACAACAGCUGCACCCACAACAACCACAGUUACUCCAACAACAACCACAGCUGCUCCAACAACAACCACAGCUACUUCCACAACAACCACAGCUGUUCCAACAACAACCACAGCUGCUCCUACAACAACCACAGCUUCUCCCACAACAACAACAACCACAGCUGCUGCCACAACAACAACAACCACAGCUGCUCCCACAACAAUCACAGCUGCUCCCACAACAACCACAGCUGCUCCCACAGCAACCAUCACUGCUCUAACAACCACCACCUUUGCUCCAACAACAACGACAGCUACUUCCACAACAACCACAGCUGCUCCCACAACAACCACAGCUUCUCCCACAACAACCACCACUGCUCUACCAACAACCACAGCUGCUCCCACAACAACCACAGCUUCUCCCACAACAACCACAGCUGCUCCAACAACAACCACAGCUGCUCCCACAACAACCACAGCUGCACCCACAACAACCACAGCUGCACCCACAACAACCACAGCUGCUCCCACAACAACCACAGCUGCUCCAACAACAACCACAGCUGCUCUAACAACAACCACAGCUGCUCCCACAACAUCCACAGCUGCUCCCACAACAGUCACAGCUGCUCCAACAACAACCACAGCUGCUCAAACAACAACCACAGCUGCUCCAACAACAACCACAGCUGCUCCCACAACAACCACAGCUGCUCCCACAACAUCCACAGCUGCUCCCACAACAGCCACAGCUGCUCCAACAACAACCACAGUUGCUCCAACAACAACCACAGCUGCUCCCACAACAACCAUAGCUGCUCCCACAACAACCGCAGCUGCUCCCACAACAACCACAGCUGCUCCCACAACAACCACAGCUGCUCCCACAACAACCACUGUUGCUCCCACAACAACCACAGCUGCUCCCACAACAACCACAGCUGCUCCCACAACAACCACAGCUGCACCCACAACAACCACAGCUGCUCCCACAACAACCACAGUUGCUCCAACAACAACCACAGCUGCUCCAACAACAACCACAGCUACUUCCACAACAACCACAGCUGUUCCAACAACAACCACAGCUGUUCCAACAACAACCACAGCUGCUCCAACAACAACCACAGCUACUCCAACAACAACCACCACUGCUCUAACAACAACCACCACUGCUCUAACAACAACCACAGUUGCUCCAACAACAACCACAGCUGCUACAACAACAACGACACCUACUUCCACAACAACCAGAGCUGCUCCCACAACAACCACAGCUGCUUCCACAACAACCACAGCUGCUUCCUCAAUAUCCAAAGUUGCUCCAACAACAACCACAGCUGCUCCAACAACAACGACAGCUACUUCCACAACAACCACCACUGCUCUCCCCACAACAACCACAGUUGCUCCCACAACAACCACAGUUGCUCCCACAACAACCACCAUUGCUCUCCCCACAACAACCACAGCUGCUCCCACAACAACCACAGUUGCUCCAACAACAACCACAGCUGCUCCCACAACAAGUUAA